AUGAGCAAGGCUGCUGGAUUUCCUCUCAGCAAGAGAUGGAAGUCCCUGGGAUCACGGGAAUCGACUUUAUCAUUUAAAGAGAAAUCGAAGAUAGUAUCCCAGCUAGGGGUUAUAACAUGGCAGCUCUCGCAUCUACGGUUUCGAGAGAUCGGCUCGUUCUUUGAGGAGAGUGGGUAUCUACAAGUGCGUGGCUGUUUGUCCCGGGCGUUGGUGGAUUCCGAACGAGAUACUUUACCGGAACUGCCUCGAGGGCCAUUCACUUCUGAGGGGGAAUACUUUGAUGCUCUGGUGACGGGUCUUUUGCAGCAUGUCGAGUGUCUUCAGCUUAGUCAUCACUGCUUCUUCGCACCGUGCCCUACUCGCAAUAGAUAUGACGACGACCAGGACUACCGCAGAGCCUGUGAUCAGUGGAAUAACUUUGUCACCCUUGGGUCUAAAAUCUAUGGCUCCAACAACCGGGUCGACUAUACAGUAGUGGGAGAUUACCUACGUGGAAUCACCUCAAAGUGGGCGGAAGAAAUGUCAGCGCCGGCCGAGAAUAUCGGUUCCGACAUUACGUGCAUCAUCGACUGGGCAUUCUCCUCAUCAGUCCCUUUUCCCAUCCUUCUCAUGGCGCCUGGCCUCCCCCAAUCUCGGGACCGCCUAGAGGAGCCUUUAAUUACUGCAUUUGAAGGUGGACUGAGGAGGGCCAUUCUUACCGAUCCCAGGGGAGGCCUGAUGAAGGACUUUCUCCACAAGCUGGAAACGCUACAGGCUAGCAGAUUCGCUUGGUUGUUAUCCCGGUUAACGAGUUUUGAUUCUGCAGGAGACUUCUAUCUGUUCCGUGAUAUCUGGCAAAUGAGCGACCAAAACGACAUGGAUUUCUUGACAUUUUUCCGGUCGAAACAAUCAACCGACCAUUACUUACAACUGCACGAGGAAAUGAAACAAGAAGAUGAGCCUUCAGACCUAGUUACGCAACGGGAAACAAGCUAUUUUCAAAGAGACAUGGUCGGCCUAACAGUAUCAAGAAAAUUGACGAUAGUUUCUGAAUGGACGUGUCGAUACCGAAAGCAUGACCCCAAAGGAAUACGACGGAACGGGAAUAACUUUGUUGCUGAUGACAAGUUGUGGAAAUGGGUCUUGGAGUCACUGAACCAGGCCGGUCUUGUGUGUGUGAUGUCGAGCUAUUGCCUUUCUCGAAUAUACUCGGCAUUGAUGUUCUCGGCCUGCCCGGUUGCAUCAUCUUUUACCUGGCAGUUCCACUUAUCAGUAAUUCGAUAA